AUGACUGCAAAAAAAGGACUCGCUGAAGCACAACUCUUACAAAUAUUAGAAUCAGAUGAUUUUUUUAUAGAUAGUGUAUUAGAUGAGAGUGCCUGUGAUAAUGAAGAACAUGAUUUUGUGACAGAAGUGGAGGAAGUGGGUGAUAUCAUAACAGACAACAAAUAUCCUGACAGUAAUGAUUUGGAGGAUUUGGCCGGAACUAACGAUGUGUUAUGUGAUCAACAUGUAUAUAAAGCGAAAGAUGGAAAUUUGUGGUCUAAAACUCCCAAUACAGAUAGUAAACAAGAGAAAAUAGCUGUGUUGGAAAAAUAUGAAAUUCACAUAAGAAAGAAAGAUAUAAGCAGAAUAGAGAAAGAAGCAGAUAAAAACAAUGAAGAUCCAUUUACAAAAGUUAUCGUGUAUGACAUGCAAGCCAUACUACCUAUGAUAGUAAAUAUUAGUUUAACUAAAGUAGGUCAAACAAUGCUUCGUCCACUAUAUUAUCUCAAAAUUUUGAGGAGGUUACCAAUAUUCCCGAGCUUAGAUAAGGGAACCAAUAAUCCAAAUUUAGAAGACGAAGGUAAAACUCUCAGGAUUUAA